GAAGCCAAUUAAUUACGUUUCAGAUAUUAUCUAUUAAUCCGUGUAGUAUAUAAAGUCCAGUUUGUUUAUUCAAAUUUAAAUUGGCGUUUGUACUCGUGAAAUUCAUUAGAUUGAUUUAAACGUAUCAAAAUGAAAAUCUUCGCGUUUGCUUUCGUCAUUCUUCUGGCAGGAGUUGGUGCUGUGCCCAGCCUCAACCAGGUGGCUACUGAUGAGGUUGCCGCCAAAGCCAACGCGCGCUUCAUCGAGGGUAUCAUAGCUGAUGCUAUCGGCGAUGUAGCCCAGGGCAUCAGGGAUGCUGGUCUGGAUCCCCUCAAUAUCGAACAGCUGCAAGAAGUUUACAGGCUUCCCGUCACUGAUCUCGUGAACAUCGAGGGUAUCGUUGAGAAUCUGUCUUCCACCGGCCUCAGCAACAUCAUCAUCGAAAACGCUAAUUAUGGCAUCCUCACCUCCAGGCUUCGAUUGACUGUUGCUCUUCCAAGAAUCUCUGUCAGCGCUGAUGCUGCCGAUGUUGAUUCAACAAUCUUAGGAUGGAACUUUAGAGCUGGUGUCAGUGGCAGCCUGGAAAUUUUGGAGCCCCGAGUGGCCGUAGAUGUGCGUAUUCAGCUCGGUAUCAUCUCUGGCAUCAGCAUCCGCAGUCUCGACAUCGACUUCUCUUUGGGAGGCAUUGAGUCUGAUCUGAGCGUCAGCAUUCAAGGAAAUGACUACAGCAAUGCCAUCAACACCUUCGCCGGAGAAACUCUGCCCAAUGCUCUUGCUAACCACCGGGCCGAGAUCAACGAACUUCUGGAGUUCAUCGUCCUUCAGAUCGCUGAAGACUUGUGAAGAAUCAAGUUCAAUUUGUGUACAUAAGUGAAGACUAUAGGCUUAAGCUGUUUGUUUUCCAUGUAAAUAAAUACUUCAACUAACAUCGAAAUGACUGAAACAUUGAUAUUUAUAUAUUGUACUUAAUUUAUAACUUUAUAUACAGGAUUGUACAUAUAUUUUAUAAAAAGUGACAUUAAAAA